AUGUUGGAGCUGUCGUCGCGCGCAUGCGAGGUUGGCGGCCAUUACAGCUUGGCGCUAGACGUCCGCGUCGGCGUCGCAAACCGCCGAUCUAACCAUAGCUUCCAAAAAAGUUUCGGCGCAACUUCAACCACCAACCUACCCAUCUACAACCCACACACAAUGGCACCCACAAAAGGCAAACCCAGCACAAAAGGCAAAUCCGCCAAACUCGGCGCCAAGUCCUCCGCGAAAUCAAAAUCCUCGGCGUCGAAACCUGAGGGCAUCUCCAAGAACCGCCAGAAGAAACUCACGCUCGCGAAACCUGGCGGUGCGCAGAAGACAAAGUCCCGCACGAAGGAUGGCCGCAAGAAGAAGCGCGUGUACAGCGAGAAGGAACUCGACAUCCCGCUGCUCAACGGCAUAGUACCCGCGGGCAUCGCGAAGCCUAAAGGCGAGAAGAAGGGCAAGAUUUUCGUCGACGAUCCGGCCAGCAUGAUGGCGAUUAUGAGCGUGGUGAAUGCGGAGAAGGAGGGCAGGAUUGAAAGCAAGAUUACGCGGGCUAGGCAGUUGGAGGAGAUUCGUGAGGCGAAGAGGGUCGAGGCGGAGGGCAGGCGAGACGAGAAGGAUAAGGCGUUUGAGGAGAGGAAGGAGGGCUUGAAGAAGAAGAGGAGGAGAAGUGCGCCGGCGAAGGGUGGGGACGAUGAUGACGAGGGCAAGGCGAAGAAGUCGAAGAAGGAUGGAAAGUACAAGGCGAGGAAGAGGGUCAGCUUUGGUUGA